AUGUAUAGUCUGGCGCUCGACGGUAAGAAACACCGCUGCUCCUACUACAACAAACACUACAAGGUCCUUAGCCCGAACGCGGUGAUCAAGCGACGCGGCUACUCGAUCGCUGUGAUUGCCAACGCCAGCCGCCUGGCCGCAACGCCCACCGAGAUUACAUAUCUCGGCUGGGUGCGGCUGUGGAAGACUAUUACCGAGAAGGGCAAGCCCUCUACGCUGAUGGUCGAACUGGAUAGUCUGAAUACGGUAAACGUCCUCCUCCGCGGGGGCUUUGUGCUCGACGUACUAUCGGAGAAACCGGGUCUCAACAGCGAUACCAUCGCCCGAACCGCCUCCGAGCCCGAGGUAAUGGUGGCUUUUAGCAAGAGCUGCCGGAAAUCGACUGGAAAGAAGCCGGAAACCGUACUGGUUCCGGCUGUGAAGGCCGAUGCUGUGAUUAAUACCGACCGCGGUAAGCAGCUGAAGUACCGCUAUGAGGAGGAUUAUUGA